AAGGGAGGAAAAAAAGAAGAAAAAGAGAAAAAAGAAAGAGUGGGGAAGACAAAAGAAUCGAGAGUCGGCGCUGAUGUCUCUGCCGACCACCAAUCAUCACGUCUUUGUCACCACCGCCAAAGCAACAUUAAGCGUUUCUUCCUUUUCUCCCUCUCUCUCUCACAAACUUCAAUAAAAUUUCUUCUCUUAUUUAUUUUUCUUUCUUUAGUUCUGUUAAUUUUUUCUUGAUCGGUUCUUCCGUGUAUUUUUAUCAAACGGAAGAGACCCAUGAUAGUAAUAGAGUUUAGAUUUGCUGUGAUUUAGGAAUUUGUUCUGGUUUUUGGCCUAAUUUGGUGUUCGUUGAGGUUUAUUUUUUUUGGGUCUUAUCUGGUUUUCAUGUUGGGAUCUUGAAUUUGCUGGGGUAAGUUAUGCGAGGGAUGGCAGAGCAACAACAGGUGGUUGUUAUUGAGAGGAUUGACGAUGGCGAGAAAGAGAAGAAGAAGAAGCGUCGAUCUCGACGUUCCAAACAGAACCCUGUUGUUUCAGGAUCAGGUGAUAGUUCAGUUAGUGGAAUGCGUGGUGAAGCAUCUGGAUUGGGAAAUAGUAACACUUUGAACUAUGUUACUUCAUCCAUGGGCACAUAUUCAUCACAGCAAUAUCAAUUGGAUGCCCAUGCAUUGGUUAAUAAUGGACCAGGCAAGGCAUCAGAUAUUGCUUUCUCUUCUCUCCCAACAAUGCGUAUCCUUGGUGAGGAAUCAUUGGUUCAGGAGGGCAAUAUGCAGGAUCCACAUUUUUUUCAAUCUGAUCCUGGGGUUACAAUGUAUUCUAAAUCAUGUCCAGAGCCAAUAUGUCAGGAAGAAGCAAAUGAAUCAAUUAUGAAUAAAGAAAACCUGCCUUCCCGUAAGCCAGAAGCAUACACUGUUAUGCAGAGAAAGUAUUUUGAUUCUCACUGGUCUAUUGAGGCUGUUAAUGAGGCCAUAGAGAGAGGUGAUUUAUUUAAAGCAUCGUUCCGUGUGAAUGCUUAUAAUCGGAUUGAGGCCUACUGCACCAUUGAUGGCAUACCGACAGAUGUUCUCAUUAGUGGAAUUGCAGCUCAAAAUAGAGCAGUGGAAGGGGAUGUUAUAGCAGUUCAGCUGGAUCCUUUCACAUGUUGGACUAGGCUAAAAGGGUCAUCUGGCAAUGUUGAUGAUUCUACUCUGAUGGAUGGUUGCAAUGCAUUGCCUGAAGCUGUGGAUGUGCUUAGUGAUAACUAUAAAGGGAAAGAUAAGAUAGAUUUUGAGUUGGAGGACACUUCUAGGGGAAAUGGUUUUCUCUGUCCAGACAAGGGGUGGCAUCAUCAGAAUAGAGCUUUUGUAGGUGAAGCUGUCCAUCUAGAUCUGAGAAUUGGACCUAAAAGUUAUUGUUAUGAGUCAAAUGGACAUAAUUCCCCUGCUUUGGAUCCUUCAAAUGCAGUUUGUUCUCUAAGUAAGAAUGAGCUUUUAAAUUCGAUAGAAAAGAUAUGUGCUUUGAUUAGUUCUUUCCCAUCGAAGCGACCGACAGGUAGGGUGGUAGCUAUUUUGGAAAAGUCUCCUCGUCGUGAUGCUGUUGUUGGUUUUCUUGGUGUUAAACAGUGGCUUUCUUAUAGGGAAGGGUAUAAAAAGGAGCCCAAGAAAAACAAGAAUUCUUUAUCAUUCUCUAAUAGGGAAUACAUCCAAUUAACACCUACUGAUCCAAAAUUUCCUAAAAUGGCAGUUUCUGUAAAAAGCUUGCCAGAUUGCAUCAACAAGCGAUUGAGGAAGGGUGAUGCUACAGUUGAAAUGGAGUUGGUGGCUGCAAAAAUUGAUGAUUGGAAGGAGGAAAGUAUUCUGCCACAAGCUCAUGUCAUGCAUAUUCUUGGACGAGGUGGAGAAAUUGAAUCAAAUAUUGCGGCAAUUUUGUUUCAAUAUACAAUUACCAGUGCUGAAUUUUCAGUUGAAUCUUUAUCCUGCCUACCUAAAAUUCCAUGGGAGAUUCCCGUAAAGGAAUUAGAAAGAAGAAAAGAUCUUAGAAAUCUUUGCACUUUUACAAUUGACCCUUCUACUGCCACUGAUCUUGAUGAUGCUCUAUCGGUUGAAAGGUUGUCUGAUGACAUUUUCAGAGUUGGUGUCCAUAUUGCUGAUGUAUCAUAUUUUGUCUUGCCAGAUACAUCCUUGGACAUAGAAGCUCAAAUGCGGUCUACAAGUGUCUACCUUCUGCAACAUAAACUACCAAUGUUGCCUUCACUGCUUUCAGAGAACUUGGGUUCACUUAUUCCUGGUGUAGAUAAACUUGCGUUUUCCAUUUUUUGGGACAUCAGUAAUGCUGGGAACAUAGUGGAUCGCUGGAUUGGCCGUACCGUGAUUCGUUCCUGUUGUAAGCUCUCAUAUGCACAUGCUCAGGAUAUCAUUGAUGGAUUGGUAGAUGUUGAGAAUCCUACCAUCUUUAGAAAUAGGUUUCCUGAAUUGUGUGGGCCGUUUACAUGGUGUGAUGUCGUCAGGUCUGUUGAGAGCCUCAAUAAAAUUUCUAAGACACUGAGUGAGAACAGGUUUAAAGAUGGGGCUCUUAAAUUAGAAAGCUCCAAGCUUGUUUUCUUGUUUGAUGAGUGUGGAAUACCUUGUGAUAGUAUGCUUUGUGAACGGAAAGAUUCAAACUUUCUUGUGGAGGAGUUCAUGCUCCUGGCAAACAGGACAGUUGCAGAGGUCAUAUCUAGGGCUUUUCCGAGUUGUGCAUUGUUGCGUAGGCAUCCGGAACCCAAUACACGGAAGCUGAGAGAUUUUGGGGCUUUUUGUAGAAAGCAUGGUUUAGAAUUGGAUACUUCUUCCUCUGGCCAGCUUCACCUUUCACUGGAAAAGAUAAGGGAAAAGCUCCAGGAUGAUCCCGUAUUGUUUGAUAUUCUCAUCUCUUAUGCUUCAAAACCAAUGCAGUUGGCUAAGUAUUUUUGUAGUGGGGACUUGAAAGAUAGGGCAAAUGAAUGGUCUCAUUAUUCAUUGGCAAUUCCUCUCUAUACACAUUUUACUUCACCAUUACGUAGAUACCCUGAUAUUGUUGUGCAUCGAACAUUGGCUGCUGCUAUGGAAGCUGAAGAUAUGUACCUGAGGGGACAAAAGACGCUGCUGAAAUCAAUUAACGGGGAGACAGUUGCAAGAAGAUGUUUCACCAGUACUUAUUUUGAUAAAGAUGCUAUUUUGUCCAAAGAAGCUCAGGAAGCAUUAUCAGCUGCAGCAGCAAAGCACAAAGUUCCUUGUGCAGAGAAGCUUGCAGAUGUUGCUGCUUAUUGCAACGAGAGAAAGCUGUGUAGCAAGCAUGCUGAAGAUGCUGGUGAUAAACUCUAUAUGUGGGCUCUGCUGAAGAACAAAGAGACUUUAUUCUCAGAAGCUAAGGUUUUGGGUCUGGGGUCAAAGUUCAUGUCCAUUUAUAUUCAUAAACUGGCUAUUGAGCGACGAAUAUAUUAUGAUGAAGUUGAGGGUUUGACUGUGGAAUGGCUGGAGACAACUUCUGUAUUAGUGCUUGAUUUGUGUACAAGUAAACGCCCUCAGAAAAGAGGUAGCCCUAGUAAACGCCGGGCACUUGAAGAAGUUGCUUGGGUUACUAGCUUAUGUGACCUGAAGCUGGAGCAGGGUGUCUUUGAGAAUGGUAACCAUGAAGGGGGCACAAACAAGGAAGGAGUUGUUUCUAUACCAUCCAAGGAUUAUAGCACUGCUUCUGAACCUGACAUUUCAGUUGGUAGUGGAAUUAGUCCUGCUGUUUUUCCUCUGACAGUUCGACUGCUUUCAACAAUCCCAGUUGUGCUUCAUGCAGUUGGGGGAGAUGAUGGUCCACUUGAUAUAGGAGCAAGGUUGUACAUGAGCUCGUACUUUUAAGUGAACCAAGGUUUUCAGACAAGGCAAACUUGGUGCUGGAAAUAGGUUCUUGAGGGAGAUGAAGCAUAUAGAAAGCUCUAUCGGACAUGGGUAAGCACCUUUUGUAGAUAUCAAGUUAAUGUAUAGCUCAAAUGGAGUACAAUGAUAUUCCAAUGUCAAGAUGGUUAGGUAUGGUGUGAAUAGCUAACACCAAAGAUGUGAUCUAGUGGACUUUGUAGAUAAGCGUAGGAAUUUUUUUUUCUGCUGAGGCAGUGUUUCAGUGGCUAUCUUUUUAAGCUGCUUUUGGGAAUUGGUCGUUUUUUUUCUAGGCCAUUUCCAUCUUGUUUUUCGCUGACAGUUAUUGCGGUUUCUGGCACUUGAAAUACCGAGUACCAGAGACAUGCGUGUUUUUUGAACUGUAGCCCAAUGAUUCUUUUUCGUUUUGGGCAAUCAGGUUUACUGUUCAGCUUAGUAUGUUUUAUUUUCCCAGUAUGAGUAUUUUGGUGGUUUGAUUUUGGAUUUAA